CAAUUAGACAUAUUUGUGUAAUGCAUAUUAUGUAUGUACGGACGGUUCGCAACGCAAGUCGCCGACAUCAGGGGUCGAGAGGUUCAACGGCGAGGCUGGGCUCAUUAGAAGGAGAAAAAGCCAAGAAAAUGAGGAGAAUCAUGAGGAGUAGAGGAAGGAGGAGGAGUGUCGCCGGAGGCGGUGGAAGCGGCGGCAGGAACGGUGGCAGAAUCAGAAGAAGCAGAGAGAGAAAGAGAAGAAGUGCGACGGAUCUUGCCGUGAUCAAAGAACUUCCGUUCAAACCCAUCGGCUUGGGUGUGACAUCAAAUCUCAGCCGUUGAUCAUGAACCCUCAUUUUCCAUUACUGUAGUUUAUCAACUCUUUUUGUUUUUGAUAAAUGUCUUAGAUCCUUCUCCCUUUGUCUCUGGCUUUUGUUAUAUAUACUGGCAAUUGGGAAAGUUGAAAUGUCUAUCUCUAUAUUUGUGUAUACGUGUAUGUAUAGCUUGUAUAUUUUUGACAACCCAACAAAAUUUUAAUUUUUCUUAGCUA